UUCUACCCUGUAUUUAUCCAUUAUCGAACACUGCAGACGGUUUACGCCAUGAAUUUAGUUAUUUAUUCAGUCUUUUUUAUGGGGCUUUUUAGCUAUGGGAGUUCACUUUUUGAGGAUCAAGUAGGGAAGUUUGAUUGGCGCCAGCAGUUUACGGGAAGGGCAAAGUUUUUACACUUCGAGCAAGGCGGGAGCAAACGAAAUGUAUUUGUAGCCACUGAAGCUAAUGUUGUAGCAGCGCUUAGCACCCGUAACGGUCACCUAACCUGGCGACAGAUCUUCCAGAGAGGUCCCUCUGGUCAUAUUGACGCCCUACUCUACAACAAUGAAGAUCUCAUCAGUGUGUCAGGUGGGGGUCAUGUGAUCCGCUCGUGGGAGCCUUCUUCAGGAUUCUUGCGAUGGGAAUCAGUCACAACUUCAGAGACAAUAAGCGCAAAAGACACUCCGAGCCAUGCUUCCGCCAUUUUUGUCGACAAUGAAGAAACUCCAUUGAUGGCCAUUUUAGCCGGUAACAAUAUCUACGUCCACUCAAUCAAGGAUGGACAACAAGUCUGGGACCAGGAGCUUCCAAGCACCACAACCUACAAGUGGCUGUACUCGGAUGGUACCUCUGUGUACGUUCUCGGUCUAGUACCCAACUCCCACUUCAACUUGUUCAAGUACUCGGCCGCAAAUGGGGCCCUGCAAAACAAGGCUACGAUCCAGGCUGCAUGGGCGGGUCGGCAGGAUACCAGCUGCAUACUGGUAGCCAACCGCCAGCUUGUGUGUAUGGAUACGCUCACCAACUCCCUACAGCUUGCUUCGUUGGAGAACGUCAACGUGUUUGCAACCACCCCUCUUAAGACUAUCGGGUUAAACGACCCGGGUUCCAAACCGGAGUUGCUUCAGGUCUUUCCCCCAUCAUCGGGCAGAGUUGAGUUUGCACUGAAACUAACGGAGACUCAUCACGUCCUGUUGAAGAUGUCUGCCACUCAGGUUGCCCUCAUCAAAGAUUUGCCAUCUGUGGGGCAGUUAACUGGUUCCAUUCUUGAUAGCACUGCAAUAGUUACCACUAUUAGCUGGCUCCCAUCAUCCUCCGAAAUGGUGCUUCGCUGUUUUAAAGAUGGAGCAGAAGUGUCGUCUAUGAUGCAGACAGUUGCUAUGCCCAGUAGCCAUGGAAACCCAUCUAAGUUGACGGUGAUGUUGGUUGACAAGAAAGACACCAAUCCCGCUAUCAAAGUCUUGAUGGAGACGGCUGAUCAUGCAAUAUCGCUCGUUCAUCAACCAGGUCGUGUCGCUUGGCAGAGAGAGGAAGGUCUUUCCUCGGUCGCCGCCAUUGAGAUGGUGGAUCUGCCAGUGUCGGAUACCGAGGCGAAGUUCGAAGAGGAAUUCGGCGGGAAAGAGCAAGAGAGUAUUGUUGCGAUGUUUUUGCGGAGGCUCAGCACACAGUUUGCACAGCUUCAGGCCUAUCUGACCAAUCUGAAGAGGCAGUUCAGCCACACCUUCCUCCAGGAUCCAAUCAGCAUUCAGGAAACACUGAAAGGCAGAGCAACAAUGCACAUGGAGUCUUCGGGAACCAGUGACAGGGAGCCACUUACGAGGGACGAGUUCAGUCAGCGCAAGAUGAUCUUAGUGGUCAGUAGGUCUGGCAAGAUCUUUGGGCUUGACUCGGAUGACGGUUCUGUAGUAUGGUCGUCGUAUCUACCCAAUCUCAGGUGCUUCGAGGAAGAGGGUCUGGGUAAGGUUCUGCUGUUUGUGAGGCGGACGACGGCCCACUUCCCGCAUCCACCACAGUGUACCGUCAUUGCUCUGGAUAAGGUUUCCGGCAACACUUUAAUGUACUCCUUCAAUCCGAUAACCGGUAGCCCGUUUGACGCUGAGAGCGAUGGGCAAUCUGGCCAUGUCUUGCCCUACCGUGUCCAACAAGCAAGUAUGCUGAUGCUAACCGACAGCCAAGAACUCAAAGUUCUGGUACUUCUUGACUCCGAAAAUAAGGCCCAUAUUUACCCGCAAGAGGAAGUAAGCAGCUUAUCGGAGUACUUGUCCUCCGUUUACCUCUUCACUGCAAACAAGUCGUCUAGUUUAUUCCAAGGGUACCGACUGGUGUCCAACGGCCAGGGACCCAUAACGGCUGAGGUUGUUUGGAAUGUACGGUUACCAGCUGCCGAUAAAGGAAUCAUUGUACUAGAAGAUAAGAAAGAUACAGAGCAUGUUCACUCCCAGGGACGUGUUCUCGGUGAUCGUUCCGUCCUGUAUAAAUAUCUUAAUCCGAACAUGGUUGCCGUGGUUACUGAAGGCCAAGACGCAACGUCUAAAGGUCACCUUAGUGUGUAUCUCAUAGACGUAGUGACUGGUCAUUUAGUCUUCAGCGCUGACCACAAAAAGACCUCGGGACCCGUACAUCUCGUUCACGCAGAAAACUGGAUUGUGUAUCAUUAUUGGAACUUAAGAUACAGACGACAUGAGAUGACUGUCUUGGAAUUGUACGAGGGAAAAGUCCAGAAAAACAGUACUAUGUUCUCCUCCGUGGACCCACCCUAUGCCCCUCUGGUCCUGAGGCAGUCCUACAUCUUGCCAUCAGCACUACAAUCCAUUGCUGUAACUCGCACAGAGAAGGGCAUCACAAGCAGCAAUCUACUCCUUGCUCUGCAGUCCGGAGGCAUCCUCGCUCUGCCGAAGCGUUUUCUGGAUCCACGGCGCCCUCUAGCACCGACAAGUGAAGAGAAGGAAGAAGGUCUCAUCCCAUACCUGCCAGAGCUACCCAUCCCCCAUCAAUCCAUAAUCAACUAUAAUCAAACGGUACUUGGCAUUGAGGGUCUACACACGACAGCGGCUGGAUUGGAGUCUACAUGUCUCCUGCUUGCCUACGGUCUAGAUUAUUACUUCACCCGUGUGACGCCCUCCAAACUGUUCGACGUCUUGAAAGAAGAUUUUGACUACACACUAAUCGGUGCAGUUCUGGUCGGGCUCGUCUUUGCAGCCUGGCUAACCCGUAAGCUAGCCGCAAACAAAGCCCUUAAGCAAGCGUGGAGGUGAUAGGGGUGAUAUGUAGAGGAUAUUCCAGGCUAAGGCAGACCCCAGUUUCAUGGCUGCCUAAUUUUGUUUGCAAUCGGCAUUCACAAGUAUUUGUUUAUGCGUAUUGAUUUCACCGUUUAGCGAUAAGAUUUAAGAUCUUUUGUCGAUUGGGAGCAUGUACUUCACAUUGCAGAGAAACCAUGCUUACUAAAGCUAGCCGAGAUAUCAACCUUGUAAGCAGAGAUUGGGGAUUGUUACCAACAUUUUGGGCUUAGGGUCGGUUUAAUAGGAUUGUGGGGUUAAAUUUACAAAUGUUUACAAAUGUUUUCAGUCUCCCAUCCCUCUUUUCAUUGUUAUUUAAACUUGUAUUAGAUUUAUUUGUAUAAUUGCAUUCUAUGGUUAUCAGUAGUUUCAUAAAGGGUCAUUCAUUCAUUUCACACGUUGUAUGUGACACUUGCAUUAAUAAUGAGUAAUUAUAAGUAAUAAAUUAUGAGUCAUAACAAUGUUUUUUGGUUUUUUUUUGCCUUGAGGUUUUGGAUGCAAUAUUUCUUUAGUGUUUGACCCAAACAAGAUGUCAUCAAAGAUUAAAUCUUGGUGAUGCCAUUUCGGGAGCUAAUUAUUCUUCAGUGUUCUUUUUAUUACGCAUUUGUAGGAAGAUCACACGUAGCCACAUCGUUAUUUAGUACUAGGCACAACUCAAUGGAAGAGAACUUAACAUUCUAUAUUUUAUGGCGAUUGCAUCAUCUGAUUUUUAUAAAAGUUUGAAACAAAAAAAGGGGUGCACAUCUCACAACUUGUAAUGCUGUCAUUUUUCAAGACUCUGGUAUUAACUAAAAAACCGUGACACAAAAAUGUGCAAACUUUUCAUUGAUGACCAGUGUGGGUUCGAAUCCCGGUCGUUACACUUUUUCUUGAGCAAGA